GACGCUUGUAAAAAGGGUGAUGCUGCAAUAGGGGAGGCAAUCUAUACUACAGCUCUCUUCUCCCUCCUGCAUGCCCUCAUUCUCACUGUGUUUUCUUAUCCUACUCACUGGCCAUGGCUUCUACAAUGUACACUGUCCGUUUCCUGCUUAGAGUACAGCGUAGAGUUGUGGGUACCUGGAGCAGAUCUGGCUUUAUAUACAGGGGAUGGAGCAGAAAAUUACUUGAUUACAGAAGCAGCUGCAAAUAUGGGCUUGAGGGUCUGCAGACAACAAGAUCAAAGGCAACAAUUAUCUCAGGAACUAAACUUGCUAAAGAAAUACAAAGGGAAGUUCAGAAGGAGGUUGAGACCUGGCUGUCUCUUGGAAACAGACGUCCGCAUCUCAGUGUUAUCCUUGUAGGAGACAACCCUGCAAGCCAUACCUAUGUCAAAAAUAAAAUAAAAGCUGCUACUUCUGUAGGUAUUUCAAGUGAAGUGAUACUGAAACCAAGUAAGAUUUCUGAGGAAGAACUGCUAGAUGUUAUAUCCAAGCUAAGCAAUGACUCCAGUGUUAGUGGAUUGCUGGUUCAGCUGCCUUUACCAGAGCACAUAAAUGAGCGAGCCAUAUGCAAUGCAGUUGUACCUGAAAAGGAUGUUGAUGGCUUCCAUAUUGUGAAUAUUGGAAGGCUGUGUCUAGAUCAGUGGUCUAUAAUUCCUGCCACUGCUGCUGCUGUAUGGGAGAUUAUAAAAAGGACAGGUAUUGAAACAUUUGGCAAGAAUGUUGUUGUUGCUGGCCGAUCAAAGAAUGUUGGUAUGCCAAUUUCUAUGCUUCUACAUACCGAUGGAAGACACGAGAGACCAGGAGGUGAUGCUACUGUGACCAUAACACAUCGUUACACCCCAAAGGAUCUACUGAAGAGCCACACACAGUUGGCAGAUAUCAUUAUUGUGGCUGCAGGCAUUCCAAAGCUGAUCACUUCAGACAUGAUUAAAGAAGGUGCUACUGUUAUUGAUGUAGGAAUUAAUCACAUAGAAGAUCCAGUUACGGGGAAGACAAUCAUAGUAGGGGAUGUGGACUUUGAAGGGGUCAAAGAAAAAGCAGGCUUUAUCACUCCUGUUCCUGGAGGUGUGGGACCGAUGACUGUUGCAAUGCUUCUAAAAAACACACUAUUGGCUGCAAAGAAACUAGUUUACUAGAAAUAAACCUCACUGUGUAACUACCAGCUUACAGUAUAUCACUCUGCUGUAAGUCAUGUACAAUGCAAAUAUAUAAUUACUAGAGACUGAGAAAAAUAAAUUGACAUUGAUAAUACUGUUUGUAAAAAAAAACAAAAAACUUAUAUAUCUUUCUCUCCAAGAAAUAAUUUUAACCAGAAUCAAAUAAAUCUAAAAUGUUACUGAA